GGGAGUCUGGGAGCCAGGAGUUACAAAACACAUCUGUGGGAUUUUAUACUUCUAAAACAUCCAAAACAAAGCCUUUUUGUAGCUCUUUCUUUCUUUUUAUGAUUGGUUUUUGUUUAGUUACUGACUGACCAGUUUAAAGUUACAGGUUCAAAAAAGUAGCAUACAAACGUGCUGGUGUUAAUUUCCUUUACUCAAAGACAACAGCUUGCUUUAAUCGUGUUGGUCUUGCUGGAAUGAAUAUAUCUGAGUCUAGUUGCUGUCAAGAGGCCAGUUCUCAGCCCAGCCAGGUUGCGGAGCACGGGACAUGGGGUGCCUCCUCUAGCACUCCGGGGCCUGAGCGGGGACAUGGUUUUGACCGCAGUCGGACCACAGAGCUGGCACCGGUGCCUGGGUCUGGAACACGGACUGGAUCCCGAACAGCAGCAGAGGCAAGGACGGGAAGCCCGGACUCUACCCGCCCUGGAGCUUUGACCCUGGGCUCCAGCGAGGGGAAAUCAGGGGGGGAGUCGAGGAUCAGGAGGCCCAUGAACGCCUUUAUGGUGUGGGCAAAAGAUGAGCGCAAGCGACUGGCCAUCCAGAACCCAGACCUGCACAAUGCUGUGCUCAGUAAAAUGCUGGGUCAGUCCUGGAAGGCUCUGAGCACACUCGACAAGCGUCCGUUUGUGGAAGAAGCCGAGCGGCUCCGCUUGCAGCACCUCCAGGAUCACCCCAACUACAAAUACCGUCCUCGGAGGAAAAAACAGCCCAAGAAGAUGAAGCGAGUAGAGCCAGGUCUGCUUCUCCAAGGCUUGGCCCAUGGGGUCGCAGGAGGACCAGGAAAUGCGUACUCGCCUCACCGUCAUGCCCAUCAUCUGCUGCCUCCUCUGGGACACUUCCGAGACCUCCACCCCUCUGGAGCUCCGGAGCUGGAGAGUUUCGGCCUGCCGACGCCAGAAAUGUCCCCGCUAGAUGUGCUCGAGGAGGGAAGCGGGGAUUCAGUGUUUUUCCCCCCUCACAUGCAGGAAGAUGUGGGUCUGUCUUCAUGGAUAAACUACCACCAGCAUCCAAAUCAUCAACCCGGCCACCACCCUCACCACAACUCCCAUAACCUCCAGCAUUCCCACCCACACCUCAACCAGAAGUCUCCACUAGCCUGCCUCCCGCUUCAGGAGAAAUGCCUGGUUGUGGAGUCCCCCAAUCCUGGCGGUCUCUACCCCAACAUGAGCCUCCCGGAGUCCUCCAAAGCAGUAUACGGGAGCAGUCAACCUCAACCCGCCUUCACUUCUCAUCUAGGCCAGCUGUCUCCUCCACCAGAGACCUCAGCUGUGGCUCAGGUGCCCCCUUCCUUGGACGCUGUGGACCAACUGGGACCUUCAGCCGAGUUCUGGGGCGAGGUGGACAGGAUUGAGUUUGACCAAUACCUGAGUGCAAGCAGGACUCGAUUGAGCAGAAGCGCCCCUUGCGAGGAGAGCAGCGCUUUGAUAUCAGCCCUGUCCGACGCCAGCAGCGCCGUCUAUUACAGCGCCUGCAUUACAGGAUAAAACUGCUUC